CGAAUAACUAAAACACGUCUCUUUCUUUUUACUUUCUAUUUAUCUGCACUCUUUUAUUAUAUUUUCCCUUUUACUAUCCAUUCCUCUCUCACUAUUAAAAAAAAAAAUCCAAAGUCCAAACAUAGCAUUAGCAUCACUGAUUGAUAGACUCUGAUUCUGAACAGUAACAAUAAUGAAGUGAGGACAAAGAAGAAAAAUAAUUGUCCUCUUUCCCUCUUCAUUUUUCCUCGACUCAUUCUGCUCCCAAUUUACACUUCACUGACACACACACCAAUUUCCUCCAAUCCAAUCAACCCUAAAAACCCCAUUUUUCUCUAGUGUCGGUGAUCCACUUCAUUUUCAAACACCAUAAAAAAAAAUCCCAACCAAUUCACACCAUUGUUGAAUCCUUCAAAAAAACCGCAACAAUGUCAUCAUCGACCAAGCCACCACACUACGCCACAAGCGGUUUGGUGAUAGGUUACGCUCUCUGUUCAAGCUUGUUAGCGAUAAUCAACAAAUACGCCAUCACUCAAUUCAACUACCCUGGUCUCUUAACCGCUUUACAGUACCUCACUUCAGCUCUCGGCGUUUACCUUUUCGGGAAAUUAGGGUUUCUUCAUCACGAUCCUUUCACCAUUCCGAUCGCCAAGAAAUUCUUCCCUGCCGCACUCGUUUUCUUCCUCGCUAUCUUCACCAACACGAAUCUGCUCCGUCACGCUAACGUUGAUACCUUCAUUGUUUUCAGAUCUCUUACCCCUCUUCUUGUUGCUCUCGCUGAUACCGCUUUUCGAGGUCAACCUUCGCCUUCUAACCUUACUUUUUUCUCGCUUGUUGUUAUUCUUGCUGGUGCUGUUGGUUACGUUGCUACCGAUUCGGGUUUUACUCUUACCGCUUAUUCAUGGGCUUUUGCUUAUUUGGUUACGAUUACUACUGAGAUGGUUUAUAUCAAGCAUAUGGUUAUGAGUCUUGGGUUGAAUACUUGGGGUUUUGUUCUUUACAAUAAUGUCUUGUCUUUAAUGAUUGCUCCUUUCUUUUGGUUUCUUACCGGAGAGAAUUUCGAGGUUUCGAAUGCGAUUAAUUCGAGUACCGGGAGUUUGUUUGAGAUGAAUGCGUUUCUUGCGGUUUCUUUGUCUUGUGUGUUUGGUUUGCUUAUCAGUUUCUUUGGAUUUGCUGCGAGAAAAGCGGUUUCGGCUACUGCUUUUACGGUUACUGGGGUUGUGAAUAAGUUUCUCACGGUGGCUAUUAAUGUGACGAUUUGGGAUAAGCAUGCUAGUCCUGCUGGUCUGGUUUGUUUGCUUUUUACUAUAAUUGGGGGAGUUCUUUAUCAGCAAUCGGUUACUGGGAAUGGUUCGCAACAACGGGAUGCCGUGGUGGUGACUAAGCAGAGUGAUAUUGAAAGUAAUCUUGUUGGUGAUGGUGAUUUGGAAGAUGAGAGUGAAGUAAAGGUUUGAUGCACAACGAGCUUUGUGUACAGCAAUCCAGAAUGCGAGGCGCAUUUAAUGUGACUACUUUUAGCAAUUUCCUUUCUCUUUAACACAGUAUAAGUUUUGGCAUUCAAUUGAGUACUUUGUUAGAAGAAUGACCCUGUCUUCAUUUCGUGUUCAGUGUGAUUUAGACAAAUAAACCAAUUGAAUUAGAAGAGUGUUGUUCAAAUUGUAGUUGACUUAACAGAAUUAGUUUAGUUUCA